GAAGACCAAGUGCAGGAGAGACGCAGAAGAGAGCGAGAGAGCGAUGUGCCUUGUUUCUUGCAUAUAUCUUUACAUGGUCUGGAGUUCUUUAGCCUUCCUCUCCCUCUCUACACCCCUUUCCCCAGGUUCAGCGCCAGGCUCAGGCUCCUGUGAGCUGAGGGGCCACUUUAAGCUGAACGGGAUGCACCAGGAUGGAGACGUGAUUCUGGGGGGCCUGUUUGAGGUCCACUUCCUCACCGUGUUCCCAGAGCUUAGCUUCACCACGGAACCAGAACAGCCCUACUGUGAACAGUUUGAUAUGGCAAGUUUCCAGCAGGCACAGACUAUGGCUUUUGCCAUUGAUGAGAUCAACAGAAACCCCAACCUGCUGCCCAACAUCACUCUGGGCUACCAUCUGUAUGAUAACUGUGUGAAGCUGGCGGUUGCCUUCCGGGCCGCCACGGCCCUGAUCAGUGGAACCGAUCAAACGCUUCACAGCCUGGACUGCACCGGCUCUCCCCCGGUGAUUGGGAUAGUGGGGGACCCGGGAUCCACUCACUCUAUUGCUAUCUCUAGUGUUCUGGGGCUGUUUCGAGUACCCAUGGUGAGCUACUUUGCCACCUGCUCCUGUCUCAGCAACAGGCAUCAGUAUCCUUCUUUCUUCAGAACCAUCCCCAGUGAUGACUUCCAAGUGCGUGCAAUUGUACAGAUUCUGAAACGAUUUGGCUGGACCUGGGUGGGUCUGGUGUACAGUGAUGAUGACUACGGUAUCAACGCUGCUCAUGCCUUUCACCAGGAUGUACAGAGGCAGUUCAGCGGCUGUGUGGCUUUUUCAGAAAUGCUGCCACGGGACAACAACCGCAGGGACAUAGGCCGCAUUGUCAGAGUGAUUAGAGACUCCACUGCCAAGGUGGUGGUGGCCAUCUCCACUGAGGCCUACCUGCUGCCCCUUAUGGAUGAAGUGGCUCUGAGGAAAGUGACAGGCAAGCAGUGGAUUGCUAGUGAGGCCUGGUCCACCUCGCCUGUCUUCCUCACCCAGCGUCUGCUGCCUUUCCUCGGGGGCACACUUGGUAUCGCCAUACGCCGCGGGGAGAUCCGGGGUCUCAGAGAGUUCCUGCUUCGCCUUCGGCCUGACAGAGAUCCAACAAACAAUAUGGUGCAGAACUUUUGGGAGGAGAUGUUUGAGUGUACAUUCAGUUCUGGAGGUGUGCAGGGUGAUGAAAAAGGCGAAAUGAAAGAGUGCACAGGAGAAGAAGACCUUGGCAGCACAGACACAGCGUACACAGACAUGUCUGAGCUAAGGGCUUCCUAUAAUGUGUAUAAGGCUGUUUAUGCCCUGGCGCAUGCUCUGCAUGACCUGACACAGUGUGAGGAGGGCAAAGGGCCUUUUAAAGGCCAAAGCUGUGCCAGCUUACACACUCUACAGCCCUGGCAGGUUGUUCAUUACCUGCAGAAAGUGAACUUCACUACCAGCUUUGGGGAUCAUGUAUCUUUUGACAUCAAUGGCAAUGCCCUGGCAAUUUAUGAUGUUAUGAACUGGCAGCCAAAUGUGGAUGGGUCUAUUAGAGUCCGAACAGUUGGUGUGGUGGAUGAGGCCGCACAGGCAGAUCAUGUCCUCACACUAGAUGAGGAUGCACUGUUCUGGAACUUCGAAACAGAGAAAGCACCUAGGUCUGUAUGCAGUGAAAGCUGCCCUCCAGGCACCAGAAAGGCCGUGAGGAAAGGCCAGCCCAUUUGCUGCUUUGACUGUCUACCCUGUGCCGAUGGAGAGAUCAGCAAUGCAACAGAUUCUAUCGAGUGUACCGCAUGUCCUGAGGAGUUCUGGUCUAGUCCUGAGAAGGACCACUGUGUCCCUAAAGAGGUGGAGUUCCUGUCCUACGAGGAGCCGCUCGGCAUUUCACUGACUACAGCUUCCCUGUUUGGCUCUUGCUUCUGCGCUGGGGUUCUGGCAGUGUUUGCACGCCACCGCAAUACCCCUGUUGUUCGGGCCAACAACUCAGAAUUGAGUUUUUUGCUUCUGCUGUCACUCAAACUGUGCUUCAUGUGCGUGCUACUGUUCAUCGGUCAGCCACAGCUGUGGACAUGCCAGCUGAGACACGUGGCGUUUGGCAUCAGCUUUGUGCUGAGCGUUUCCAGCAUCCUGGUUAAGACCAUGGUGGUGGUGGCUGUUUUCAAAUCUUCUCGGCCAGAAGGAAACAGUGCCAUGAAGUGGUUUGGAGUAGUGCAACAGAGGGGCACAGUGCUGGUCCUCACAGCGCUCCAAGUGGGUAUAUGCACAGCCUGGCUGGCUACGGCAUCUCCAGCACCCUAUAAAAACACUCGCUACAUUAACUCGAAGAUUGUGUUUGAGUGUGCUGUGGGUUCAGUGCUGUGGUUUGCGACUCUGUUAGGUUACAUUGGUCUCUUGGCUGCAGUGAGUUUCCUGCUGGCUUUCUUGGCAAGAAACCUUCCAGAUAACUUUAAUGAGGCCAAAUUCAUUACGUUCAGCAUGCUGAUCUUCUGCGCUGUGUGGAUCACUUUUGUACCUGCAUACAUCAGCUCUCCUGGGAAGUAUUCAGUGGCUGUAGAGGUAUUCGCUAUUUUAGCCUCUAGUUUUGGUCUGCUGGUAGCCAUAUUUGCCCCAAAGUGCUAUAUCAUCCUUUUACACCCUGAGAGGAACACCAAAAAGGCCAUCAUGGGCCGAGCAACACAGAAGAAAUAGCUUUUUUUUUUUUUUUCAAAGUACUUUCAAAGUACAAAAAUGUGUGUGUAAAUCUCAGACAGUUUGUAAAGUCUUCUUUUUCUACUGAGCAACUUAAAAUAAUAUAUUUAGAAUGUAUUAUUUCAUGAAUGUGUGCUGUGGUGAGGAUAAAUAUUUUGUAAAUAUAAAAUAAACAUAAUUUAAAUAGUUUUUCGAACAAUUAAAAAUACAGUAAAUAAAAAAAAUAUUUUUAUUGGCAUCAUGCAACCAAUAUAAUGAUAAGCAAUAUGCAUAUGUCACUGUAAUGUUUUUUUUCUGUUAAAAUAAAUAAAAGAAUGUUCAACAUAAUAAUUAAAAAAAACAUUGGUCUCGACAAAUCAACAGUUAUUGUUUUUUGUAUUUACUUUUUAGUAUGUUUUUCAGAGUAUUGAUCUCAUUCUGCUGUUUCAUCAUGUUUUAGCAUAAAAACUAAAUAAUAAAUCAAUAAUAUAUAUAUAUAGAAGAAUGUAAGUAUGUUGUAUUAAUUUCUAAUUAUCUACAUUUGUGAAGACUUUACUCAGCAUAGAAAUAAAAAAAUACAUUGUGAACUCUUCAUCUUUUUUUCUGAUAAGUAACAGUUUUUUUUAUAAUUGAUAAAAUAAGAGAGAGAGAGAAUAAAUGAGGCUGUAACUGUG